UGCUUACCAUUUUAAGGUAAGCACGCCCCAAUAAUACGAUUGGUCCAAUAAGACGAGGGGGCGGGGCACCGAGCACCGGCCCCUCCCGCACGUCACUUGGCGUGGCACCACUUCAGGGGACCCCACACCGCGUGGAGCUUCAGGACAGCUGGGGCUCACUGCGUCCUGUGCAGCAAGAAGAGCAAGAAGGAAGCUGGACUUUCGGCACGUGAUGGAUUUGGAUCAACUUCCGUCUGGUGCCUCCCACCAGGGUCUUAUCAGUGCCAGCGACGAUGAAAACAUGACCGUGUUCGGCUUCCGCCACGUGCGCUGGCGGCAGGCGCUGGUGGUGCUGGGAGCCGUGCUGUCCUGUGGCUUCCUGUUGCUGCUGCUCUACUGGCACCCGCGCUGGCGCGUGCGCUUGCAGUGCGUGCCCUGCUCGCUGGCCGAGGCCGACGUUCUGCUCCUCCGCACGACCGAUGAGUUUCAGACGUGGUCGAGGCAAAAGGUGGAUUGGCUGAAGCUGCGUGAGAAUUCCCACUUGGGUGGCGGUGGGGAUGAGGCCCUGCGUGUCGACUUCGCGUUGGUCGCCAGCGGAAAGUCGCAAAUAUUCUCGUCCCUGCACCAGCCCGAAAUGAAGAUCCGUUACUUUAAUCAUCAGAAGAUUCGCUACGUUUGGAACGUGAAGAUGGAGAAAUUUGAAAGACUGGGUGGACUGGAGAAUACCCUCACCUGUACGGAGAUCCACGAUCAAUUUGGGAAGGGCCUCGAUCAGUCGCAAAGAGAUUUGAGGAAACUUGUCUAUGGCCUAAAUCUCAUCGACAUCCCAGUACCCCCCAUGUGGAAGUUACUCUUUAAAGAGGUGCUCAACCCCUUCUACGUUUUCCAAGUGUUCAGUGUGUGCCUGUGGUUUGCGGAGUCCUACAUGGAGUACUCGUACGCCAUCAUCGCCAUGACUCUCAUAUCUGUGGGCCUCUCCAUCUACACCGUGCGCAAGCAAGCAGUGGCAUUGAACAAGAUGGUCAAAGAGCACAGCAACCUCCCUGUGACGAUACUCGGAAGAGACGGAACCAGCAGAGACACGACCUCCACCGAGGUGGUGCCGGGGGACACGAUAACUUUCCCCAGCAACGGGGGGAUAAUGCCGUGCGACGCCGUCCUCGUAUCCGGCUCCUGCGUCGUCAACGAGAGCAUGCUCACAGGCGAGAGCGUCCCCGUGACCAAGUCGACGCUGCCGCGCCGCGAGGGCGACGCGCCGUGGGUGAGCGCGGGCGCCGAGGAUUUCCGCCGCUUCGUGCUCUUCUGCGGCACGCGGCUCAUCCAGACGCGCCCCGGCGCCGCCGACAAGGUGCUCGCCGUGGCGGUGAACACAGGCUUCUCCACCAGCAAGGGGAAGUUGGUGCGCUCCAUUCUCUACCCCAAGCCCACCGACUUCAAGCUCUUCCGCGACGCCUUCCGCUUCCUCAUGUCGCUCAUCGCCGUGGCGCUCGUGGGAAUGAUCUACACCGUGGUCAUCUUCUCGCUCAGUGGGACCGAGGCCGGCGAGGUCGUGAAGAAGGCCCUGGACAUCAUUACGAUCGCGGUGCCUCCCGCGCUGCCGGCCGCCAUGACGGCGGGCAUCAUGUACGCGCAGCGGCGGCUCCGCAGGGUCAACAUCUUCUGCAUUAGCCCGCAGCGCAUCAACGUGUGCGGCCAGAUCAACCUCGUCGGCUUUGACAAGACAGGGACACUGACGGAGGAUGGGCUCGACUUGUGGGGACUUCUCAGGGUCUCCGAGAACAGAUUCUGCGCCGUGGAUCCCUACAAACGGGGCCGCGCCCUGCCGCGGGACGCGCUCUUCGACGCCAUGGCAACGUGCCAUUCGCUGGCGCUCAUUGACGGAGCAAUCCAGGGCGAUCCUCUGGACGUGCGCAUGUUCGAGGCCACGCAAUGGGUCAUGGAGGAGACGGACGAAGAGGUGUCGGUCGGCAAGCUCAAAUUCCGUCCCAUUUGUGUGCUGUCUCCACCAGUGGUAGUAGAGACACCGGAGCCCGCCACGAGCCUGGCUGUGCUGAAGCAGUUCACCUUCUCCUCGUCGCUGCAGCGCAUGUCCGUGAUGGCGCGGCUGGCCUCCGGCGAGGCCUGCGCCUUCAUGAAGGGCGCUCCCGAGAAGGUGGCCGGCCUGUGCCUCCCCGACACUGUGCCAUGCGAUUUUGAGAAGGAGCUGCACAAAUACGCGGCUCAAGGGUACCGCGUCAUCGGCUUCGCCUCCCGGCAGCUCGGGGAGAACGAGCUCGGCAUGGAGAGGGACAAGGUGGAGUGUGACCUCACGUUCCUCGGCCUCAUGAUCCUGGAGAACAAACUGAAGCCCGAGACGCAGGCCGCCCUGGAGGAGCUGCGGAAGGCACGCAUUCGCACUGUCAUGAUCACAGGGGAUAACAUGCUGACUGCCGUGACGGUGGCGCGCACCUGCGGUAUGGUGCCGCCGCUCCACGACGUUGUCUCGGUGAUGGACAGGGAGUCGCCCAGACACCGGCGCCCGGACAUUGUCUACGCGAAGAUGGAGAAAGUGAUCGGUGCCUGGGACACGAAUGACAUGCAUUUGACUGUGAACGAGUCAACCAAGCCGGCCUCCACCUUCCACUUUGCCAUGACGGGCACCACUUAUGCCGUGCUGCUGCAGCACUACCCAGAGCUGUUGCAGAAGAUAGUGAUGAACGGGACGGUGUUUGCCAGGAUGUCUCCUGGCCAGAAGGCGAGCCUUAUCGAAGAGCUCCAGAAACUGAACUACUAUGUUGGCAUGUGUGGCGACGGAGCAAACGAUUGUGGGGCACUGAAGAUGGCCCACGCCGGCAUCUCGCUGUCGGAGCAGGAGGCCUCGGUAGCCUCCCCCUUCACGUCCAAGAUCCCCAACAUCGAGUGUGUGCUGCACCUCAUCAAGGAGGGUCGAGCAGCCUUGGUGACCUCCUUCUGUGUGUUUAAGUACAUGGCCCUGUACAGCAUGAUUCAGUACAUCAGUGUGCUCAUCCUGUACUGGAAACUUGCUGGCUUCUCCAACUACGAGUUUCUCUAUCAGGACCUGGUUAUCACCACCGUCAUUGCCGUCACCAUGAGCCUGAACCGGGCUCACCCGAGCCUGGCCGCGUACCGCCCGCCCCAGCAGCUGGUGUCGCCGCCCUUCCUGCUGUCCGUGGUACUGCACGUGGCGUUGACGCUGGCCUGCCAGGUGCUGGCCUACCUGCUGGUGCAGCGGCAGCCGUGGUACUCGGACGUGGCGUACAGCUACUGCGGGGUGCCCAACUCGACGGCCCCCGGCGGGCCGGGAAACACGACGGGCGCGCCCGCGGACGACGACGCACCGCCCUGGUCUGAGUUCGCCAGCUACGACAACUACACCGUGUGGUUCCUCUCCGUCUUCAACUGCAUCACCGUGGCCUUUGUCUUCUCCAAGGGCCGGCCCUUCCGCCGGCCCAUCUACACCAACUAUGUGUUUGUGAUCGUCCUGAUGCUACAGCUAGGAGUCACCUUCUUCCUCCUCUUCAUAAACGUGGAGUCCAUUUACACGACCAUGGAGCUGGUGUGCACCACCCUGCUCUGGCGAUGGCACAUCGUGCUCAUCACCGCCGUGCACUUCAUCCUCUCCGUUCUCGUCGAGGAUGUGCUUAUCGAGAACCGUUCGAUGUGGCGGAGCCUGCGCCGUUGCUUGCGCAUCAAGUCCAAGGCGCGCUACAACACGCUAGCGGAGCAGCUCGCUCAAGACCCCUCGUGGCCGCCGCUGGACCUCAGCCUCUCGGCGUCCACGCCAAACAACGGCCACCAGCCGCCGAGGCCCAACGGGGCUGCCACCCUCGGCUACCGCCAAGGUGCAGACGUUCCGAACUCCCGAGAGGCCGGUUACUGCACCUUCCCCUCCCACCGGCAUUUGAGGAUUUCCGGGACGGGGCGUCGAAACUCCUCGCGCCGGUCGAGUGCCGCCGAGCGUCUCCGGGCCGAAGCGGAGGGCGCUCCAAACGCCCAUUACAACAAGGCCUACACUCCCACGCUGGAGCUGGACGCUGUGGCGUUUGAAGACGAGGUGGCGGACGACGAGAGAGAUAUGGGCAACCACUACUACGAUCGUUGGGGCAGAGUCGCUAUGAUUUGGCAUGGACAUAAAUUAAGGGCAGGUGAGUGAAAUAUGAAAUAAUUUCGCUGUCAAUUACUGGAGGAAAGCUACACGUGUUUCCCCAGCAUUAGACUUCCUCUUGAUACCCUUCUCUGAGUGCUAAGAGGACCGUGAAACGCAUAGAUAAUCGGGGAAUGUGUAUUUUAAAAAUAGUCUAUGGACUCAACACACAGCCGUUCUUUGUUAAGUUUGCAGUGAUCAUUUGGCUUUUGUUCAAGUGCACACGCUGCCGGAAAAAAUGCAAACUAUUUUACCAAAUGAUGAUUACGAUGUAUUAAAGUUAUAUGGUGUCUUUAAUCUGCUUGUUGUUACAUGCACAGGCAAACAGCUGACAUUGAUAAUGCAUGACAUUCUUAGAACCAUGAUUAUUUUUAUAACAAAUUAACCGUAUGAAGUGAAAUUAAAUUCCGUUACGUGAAAUUCAAUUCAAAUCUCAUGUGUACAUAUGAAAUAACUUGAAUUGUGGGAAUUUGAAGCACAGCCGUCUUUUAUUCUACAGGGUGGCGCAGAUGCCUUGUGACCCCCAUUUAAUCCUCUAAAACUUUAUAUAUUUUUAAAGGUUUAUUUAAAACAGAAAUGAGUGUAAAUGAUUCAAAAUAUUAGGGGUCAAUUAAUUGGGGGUCACAAGACGUCUGGACUAACCCCUUGUACAGCAUGUUUGUCCUCGUGUAAGCGGCAGUAUGCAUCUGUACGUUGAGGCUGGCUCUCUGGGGUCGUUAAAUUUAAUUUCAUGAACGUAAGUUUCAUAUUUAAAACCAACAUUUUAACGGUUGUUGCUUUCGUUGAAUUAUUUUUUUAGCUCUACUUCACAUCUGAAAUGUAUAGAAAUGUUCGUUAAAAAGGUGUGCCUUUUUUUAGAUCGUAAUGAAAUAAAGUUUUAGUUUAUGAAA